CCCCCCCCCCCCCCUCGCGCGCGCGUGUGUGUGUAUGUGUGUGUUUGGGGCGGAUCUUUGCGUUAAAAUACAUGUCCACCAUAUCGCCUUUGACAAAAUGACAAACGAAGCGCAGUUUCUAUCAGAAGUCAGUGUCCUGAGUGCGGAUGUUUAACGCUGUGUCUCUGUGAACACCAGUAGCACAGCACAAUGUCUUUAAUGGAGAAACCUUCGGCGGGGAAGAAGCUCCUGCUGGAUGACACGGUUUCACUGACGGCGGUAAUCGAAGCCAGUCAGAAUUUACAAUCUCACACGGAAUAUAUCAUCCGUGUUCAGAGGGGAGUCUUUACGGAAAACAGUUGGACGGUGAUCAGGAGAUACAGUGACUUCGACAUGCUGAAUAAUAGUCUGCUGAUCUCAGGCCUGAACCUGCCACUUCCUCCUAAAAAAUUAAUCGGGAACAUGGAUCGUGAGUUCAUAGCAGAGCGACAGAAAGGUCUACAGGCGUAUCUGAACUUCCUCACUCAGCAUCACAUCCUGUCCAGCUGUGAACUGGUCAAAAAGUUCCUCGACUCUAACAAUUAUUCUGCAAACUACACAGAAAUCGCCUUACAGCAGGUGUCCAUGUACUUCAGAUCAGACCUGAUAUGGGAAGUGGUUGAGCCUUUAAAAGACAUAGGUUGGAGAUUACGAAAGCGGUACUUCUUAGUUAAAAACAAAGAGCAGCCUAAGGAAAGACAAGUCUUAAGCUGGGUCGAUUUCGGUCCCGAUAAGUUCUUAUCCGACAAAGAUCUGCAGUCCAUGAUGAAGCUGCUUCCGUCUCUGACUCACCCAUACAUCUGUCCAGUCACCUAUGCUUCUACUAUCGAGUCCUCAGCAGUGGUAAUCAGAAUCUUUAAUGAAAAAGGCACACUUAGGGAUCAUAUUUGCAAGGCAAAGCCAAAAGAAGCAUUCCUAAAGAAGUACUGCAACCCCAAAAAGAUCCAGGGUCUGGAAAUCCAGCAAAUCAGUACAUUUGGAAGGCAGAUUUUGGAGGCCUUGAAAUUCCUCCAUGACAAGGGAUUUCCAUACGGUCAUCUCCAUACCUCGAAUGUUGUGAUCGAAGACAACACGUGCAAACUGCUAGACAUAGAAAACUCCAUCCUGGGACUUCCCUCUUACUAUCGUCCUUAUGUCACCCAGUUCAGGAAAAUUAACACCACAGAGAGCAUUGACGUCUUCUCCUUUGGUCACUUGUUGUACGAAAUGACGUACGGAAGGCCACCUGAUGCCGUUCCUGUGGAUCAGUAUCCCUCCGUGCCCUACACUUCAGUCGUCUCGGUCCUGCAGUCCAUCCUGUCCACUGAGGCAUGUAAAACAGGGAUGCCCACAGUUUCUCAGCUCUUACAGACACCCCUAUUCAGGGACGUGCUGCUGUUCAACACAGAGAAAGCUCAGUUUAAGGUCACCUCCAAAUUGAAAGAGGCCAUAAAAUCGUCCAAAGAGUGUUUGGAAAAACGUCUUCUAGAGGAACAGAGAGCGGUUCAGCAGCACAGGAGACUGACGCGGGCACAGAGUCACCACGGCUCUGAAGAGGAGAAAAGGAAGAGGAAGAUCCUUGCCAGAAAGAAAUCCAGACAGUCUACCUAUGAAAAUGAGGAGGACUUUUCUGUCAAAUACAACAACAACUCUGGUUCAGGAGCGAGUUCUCCACCUACUUGUCCUUCUUCUCCCACUCCUCCACCUGCACCAGGUGUUCAGCCAGUGACCCUUCCACCGCCUCCACCACCUCCUCCACCUUCUUUAGGGAUCGAGCCCAGCCCUCCGGCCCUCCAUCCCCCUUCCGUUAACGGCAAGGGCCGAAGCGCCCUCCUGAGCUCCAUUCAGACCUUCAGCAAAGGCCGACUGAAAAAAGCAGAGACCUGCGAUCGCAGCAAUCCUACCAUCUGAGCAACACUUUUUAUGGUCCGUAGUUCUUACCGUGUGCAAUUUGUACUUGGCCCUUUCAUCCGAAGCUUCCGGGAUCUGAUCUUAAGGAGUGCAGAUAUGUUUUAGAACUGGACUGUAGGGGGAUACAAUUUUCAAUAUUUUACUCCCAAAUCGGCUGCAGAUCAGUGAUGGUGAAGCUAAAGUAUGGGCUGUCUGUGCUGCUAUACAGGAUAUGACCUUGGAAAUGGCAUUUCAGCUGUCAGGUUUAUAAAUUGGACUUACAUAUUUGUGGUAAAUUAUCACACACGCCAUACAGUAAUCUUCCUGACCCCUAUAAAAUCAGCCUCCAGCUGCAGCACAUUAAUCAUGUGGUGUUUUCAAGCAGAAUUUAGGUUGAGUUUCAAACAAAAAAGAACUUUUAAUGCUCUGGCUUUCACUUUUGGGUUUUACUUAAAACAUCGUUUAGGUUUUGCCUUUUAAACCUGUUAAAUCUGUAAUAUUAAUAUAAUAGUACUUUUAAAUCAUGACAGAAUUGCAGCAAUUAUGAGAUUAUCAGCACUUGACAAGACAGAAGAGGUAGAAGUCGCUCGUUUUAUAUCUAUGAUCCGACUAGACCGAUUUUCAAUGGUUGCUUUUAAGAAAGAGAGUUAAAGAGUUUAAAACUUCAAGGCAUCCUGGAACAGAGCUUCACAGUAGGAUAAUCAGAUUGACUUUGCAUUAGGCUCCUGAGUGGCACAGAAGAAAAGCAAAGGAAGUUAAAAUCCUGAUGAUACCAUCAUUUGUGGUCAUGCUGUCUGAGAAGGAGGGAUGUCAUACUUUAUCUCCCAUGUCUGUCAGAGCGACACUAGCCGAUCACGAGCAUCUGUGCGCUCAUGGGUGCAAAAUAAAGAAUUAGAAAGCACUUAUCUCUGCAUGUGCAGCAGUUGAAAAAGAUGCAGGAACUGGCAUCACAUUUCUUAGAGGAAGCCCAUGUUUGACUUCACCCUUUCUGUGUGGAUGGAAUUGGCAAAUCACAAACCUGGGAGAAAAUGGGAGAAAAUAUAUAUUUAAAAAAAAAUAAUAGAAAUGAAAGACCAAAAAAAAAAAAAAAAAGCAUGUUCGGUUUUGUGCCACAUUUUAACCAUUGUGCCUAUACAACACGAUUGAUAUCAUUUCCAUUGCCAGAUUUAGGAGCUAUGUAUCUCAUUCUCCUCCUAGCAACAGUGUGAAUUGUUUAAUAGGUGUUACGUUGAAGCCUGUGUUCCAAAAAUAGUGGAUAUUCCAUUUGAUCUAAAUGCCACUGCUGAAACAGUGGAUUUAUUAUACGAAUUGUGGACAAACUUUUCAGCUUUGUUUGACAAGGCAAAGGAUUUGAAAACAGUCCAAAAUGAAUUAGAGAAAUAUCUGCUUUUUUUUUUUUUUUACAUUUCAUUGCUUCUUUCAGUUUGUAGCUCCAGUGCAGAACAAUUAUAGCUAAAACGUGGUGGACAUCCGUCUAACCCAAAAUGUUUUCCAGAAAUAUCUGCUUCAAAGUACACACAAAUUCUUAAGUCUUGCCAAGGUGUUUUUAUACACAGUAGGAUUUACUGUAAUCUCUAAAAAGGAACAAAACAUUUUCAGUGCAAUCUGAUGAUAUCAUGCCAUCCCUUAGAGUCAAACAAGAGAUAAAGAUAAAACUGUGACUCUAUGGCAUCGUUGUUUAUUUACAAACGUGACUAGAACUAAACGUGUGCAUCAGGAAAGGAAAUAAUCCAGGACUCUAUAAAAAGUCACUGGAGUGGGAAGACACAUUGAUUAGUGUGUGCAUUCGUUCCUUCGUACGUUUGUUUGUUUCUUUAUUUACAGUAACUGUUUUUUCCCCCCUGUUCACAAUUAUGCUAGUUUCCAUUGCAGAUUUGUUUAUAUUUUAGUGAAAAAAGAACUACCAAAUUUUAUUAAAAAAUUUCACCAGCAGGCACAAACAAAUAUAACUUCAGGAGUGUGCAGGAUUGAUUCAACUUUGCUUGAGCUGUCUAACUUUCUGCCGGAGCAAGUGGGAGUGAUCAGAAGCACAAGUAAGCCUUCCUGCAGAUGGGCUUUUCCUAUCAUGUCAAGCCAAAAGUGUAGGAGAUUGAAACAACUCAAUGUAUUUCAGGCUGGAUAAGUGUAUUUAAUGUUUUGUCAUGUUUGUGUACAGCAUUGUAUGGGAUUAGGAGAAGUCUUUUGAGUAGUUGGAUCAGAUCUAUCUCCACCCCUGGCCUUUGUGUUCUGAAGGAAAAGCAGGAUUUCAAAACACUUCUAAUUUAAAGCAAAUAUAUGGAAAAAUUAAUUAUGAUAUGGACAGUAUUAGGGUUACAAUUGACCUCUAUUACUUGUUAGUUGCGUUAUCCUUAAUAAGGUAUCAGACUGGCUGACCAACCACAUUAAUGCUGAGCAAAAUUGUGUUCACUCUAUUUUUGUUGUUUUUGCCCAAAUGUUCCUUAAGAAAAUGCUGUAUAUGGGAAUAAGUACAUGUAAAAAUUCUGAUAAGACAUGAUUAGGUAUUAUAGUCAUGUUGGCAUAUUGAACAUUACGGUUCCUGCUGGACUGCAUGAUUGUAGCCAAUUUCUGCCCUGUGUAACUCUUAGCCCUUCUGUAUAUAUGUUGCACUGCAGCCUAUAAACCAUGGAGAGGUUUCCAGCAAAACCCACAGGUUGUGUGUGUUUAGCGUGUACAUAAAACAUACCAAGGAACAACGUCGGUUUCUCUGCAGCACUUUACCACUGUUCAGAAGUGGUCUUUGAAGAGGUAUAAAGUUUACAUUUAGAUUAUCGAAAGAUGUUAUGAAUAGCAAGACAAUUUGAUUAUAUUUGAUAAAUGUAAUUAACACUGCACAUUCGCCACAACCACUGCUGCAGGCACUGAAGGUGUGCAUCUGUUUUGUUUUUGUUUGUUUUUAAAAACACAUGUUUUUCAUUUUACCCUUAUUAUAAAAGUUGCGUUGACAAUGUUUUAACCAUGGUGUUGUGAAUUUGAAGUAAAAACAUCAAAAUGUUCUUCAUUGUAUUCCAAUUGUAUAUGAGAACAUCUUUAAUAUAUAGUGUAUCGAAAUUCAUUUAAUUGCAUCGGAUGUGGUUUGCCUCAUACAUGACAGCAGGGGUGGACCUAGGAUCAGAUGUUUAAGGAUGUCAGUGUGUGACAUGCAAAGCAGCUGGUUAGUAAUCACAUUGGUGGUCUCUGAAACUAGCAGUCCAUAAAUAAACAAAAAAGGAGCCAUGGACAAUGCCUGUCCAAAUCAUGGUCUUUUCCUAUUUACUGAUAAACCGUGUGUAACUGUGUGUGACUGUGUGUGUGAGAGAGUGUGUGAAUAUGCAAAUUUAUGCCAUAAACCUUAACAGGAAAAAUAACUGUCAUUGAUCAGUUGUAAAUGUUCAGGUACUCUGUUGAACUUUUUAGCACUGUAAAUAAAAAUCUUGAUUCCCCUUAUA